UCUUUUUUUUUCUUCUUCCUUCUUGACUUUGUCGAUAUAUCACCAACCACGUUCCUCCUCCAACCUCACUUUUCAGUCCUCAGGGCGAGCCAACGCAAGGAACCCUGAACCUCAUACCAUCUUGUACGCGCGACUCGACUAUCCUCAAAUUCCAACAAGGACCAGCGACUGACUAUCAUCGGUUAGAAACUUUCCUCAAAACCCUCGGUCUAAUCUUCCACAAUGUCUGAGAGUGCUGCCUGGCCCCUUGCCGAUCAGAAGCUUGAGCAGGAGCUUCUCGAUCUCGUUCAAUCUUCUCAGCAUGCCCGCCAGCUGAAGAAGGGAGCUAACGAAGCCACCAAGACCCUGAACCGUGGUGUCUCUGAGCUCGUCAUCCUCGCUGCUGACACUCAGCCCCUCGCCAUUCUCCUCCACCUUCCUCUUCUCUGCGAGGACAAGAACGUUCCCUACGUUUACGUUAGCAGCAAGAUGCACCUCGGCCGUGCCUGUGGUGUCAGCCGUGCUGUCAUCGCCGCCAGCAUCACCAGCAACGACGCCAGCGAGCUCGCCGGCCAGAUCCGAGCCAUGCGCGACAAGGUUGAGCGCCUCGCUAUCUAAGAUACCCCACGACGAGGAGGAAAGCAAAAGAUGGAAAACAUUUUCGUCUAUGGACAGACAGUCCUUGAACGACUGCUUGUUGCUACUCAGAUUU